UUGUCUCUGUGUUCACCGACCAAACUCCAUCUUGUUGCUCAGGAGUUUAAUCCACUUUCUCAAUUUUCACCCCAAAUUACGGAACAUUCUGUGAGCUAUUAACAUGUUGCUCGUACGUUUUAUGGUUAUGUUGGGCGUGUGGGCGUGUCUGGCCGCCCAUCUCGAGGCAGCAGCUCUUCCGAAACCGAAAGCCUAUGCCGAACCGAAAGCCGAAGCCAAGGCCGACCCCUCCAUCGGGCUUGGGGGGCUGUAUGGAGGGCAUGGAGGGCUUGGAGGGUUUGGAGGGCUUGGAGGGCUUGGAGGACUUGGAGGGCUUGGAGGAUUGUAUGGGGGUCUGGGAUUACCUCUGCUUAGUGGGAUGUACGGAUACGGCUCCUAUGGAAUUGGCUUGGGCGGCUAUGGCGGCCUGUAUGGGUUGGGUGGCCGUGGGUUGGGUGGCCUUGGACUGGGCGGCUUAGGACUGGGCGGCUUAGGACUGGGCGGCUUAGGACUGGGCGGCUUAGGAUUGGGCGGGUUUGGCUUAGGAUGGUAAGCCUUGGCCCUCGUGAUGCUCCUGAUAAGUUGAAGAACACAGCAGGAACACAACAAGAACACAAGAACACAACA